CACGACAAAGUGACGAUGGCCGAGAGAAAGAAAGUAGCGGAGGACUGUGUAGAAUAUCGAAUUUUUCCGGCAAUCAGCGGCCACAAUGACCACCAGACUUUAUUGAACACAUUGGAUACCUGCUUGGCCGUAGUCAGUCCCCACGUGGUGGAUUACAUUUGGCACAUUGACCCAUUUCAGCUGACUCCUAUUGACGGAACAAAAGAUUGCCCUCCUCAUCUUUUUGGUAAAACCACCUUUGGAGACAACAUUGAAGAUGAAUGGCUUAUUGUAUAUCUGUUAUUUGAGCUGUCUCGACAGAUUCCAGAACUUGUAAUACAAGUUCAGGACAUUGAUGGAGAGUUUCUAUUGAUAGAGGCAGCUGAUGCUUUACCUAAGUGGGUAGACCCUGAAACAGUAGAAAACAGGGUAUUUUUGUACAAUAAUGAACUACACAUCAUCCCAAGACCCCAGACACCAGCUGAAGUGACAGUAUUCCCCGCGUCUACACCUACCCUACAGGAAGCAGUCAGCUGUGUGAGACAGUCAGCCUCCAGAACUAGAGCAAGCCCACAAGUCCAGAAAGCCCUGAAAGCCAGGGUUAAUGAGUAUCCAGAUAAGAUACAAGAAAACAUCCAUCACACCCACUGUUAUAUCCCGGCUAACUUGGCUGCUGCCCUGGAGAGGAAGCCACAUCUAGUAGCAGCAGGUGUCCAGGCAUUUUAUCUCAGGGACCCUUUAGAUUUACAGGCUUGCAGAACUAUGCAGUAUUUUCGACCAGGAACUCGUGUGACAAGUAGGGUGAAAAUGACAAGGUGCCUGUAUGCCCAGCUUAUGCAGCAGAAAUUUCAGCCAGACAAGCGGUGUGGUUACAACCUCCCCAGCUCCAGUAAUCCAAAGUUCACCUCACACGACCUGGGAAUGAAACUGGCACAUGGUUUUGAGAUUUUGUGUUCCAAAUGUGAUGAAAACGAAGCGAGAUCACAGAAUGGUCAUCAAGUAAGACCCAAUGAUGUACGAUGGAAGAGAUAUCUCCAAUCCUUAAAAGACAAAGGCUUCUUCAGGGGGGAAAUAGAGGGCUCCAAGAAGUACAAUGAACUUCUCUCCAAAGCUAGAGAGUUCUACCAGCAACAGUCAUUUAGUGCUCAAAGCAGGUGGACUGCUGGUGAUGUAAUGCUAGAUUUGCUUGACAAGGUAACAUUUGACAUUGAUGCCAUGCGGAGAAAUGAAGCCAGGUUGCCUCCACCUGAUGAUGACAGUUGGCUGGACAUUUCCCCAGAAGAACUUGAUGCUUUAUUAAUGAAGAGGUCAGGAAAUGGAAAGAAUGCAUCUCCUGAUCUAGGGGAGGUGGCCAGUAGUAUGAAGACCUUUGUGGAUAAGAUUUCCAGUGUGGAUGGUGUGGAGUUUCCAGGAGAAGGUGAGGAUGAAGGGAUACAGUUUGACAGUACAGGAUUUAUUUCAGCCAUGACUAAAAUGUUUGAAUUUGAAGAUAACAAUGAUGGAGCGUCUAGUUCUGAUGACAUGGAGGAAUAUGGCUGGGACGACUCAGACAUAGAUGUAGAUGAUCAGCCACCCGUGGUCCAAACGGAGAAGAGGAAACAGAGCGUGAAGUCCACCGAGGGUCCCACAGUACAGGACUACAUGGAUCUGAUGGACCGAGAACUCAGUCAAACCAGUGUAGGAAAAAGUUUUGAGAAAGACCCUCAAGUCAGUCAACCUACUUCAUCUACAAAACCACAGAAUGAGCCAAAGAAGAAACCCAGGAAAUCUAUAGCUGAGGAAGAUGACGAUUUUGAGCCUGUCAACAUUGAUAUCAACAUUGUUAAAAACAUGUUAGAGUCUAUGAAUGCUCAACCAGGCUUAGCAGGGCCUGCCUCGAAUAUUCUCCAGACCAUGGGAGUUAAAAUUCCAACAGAGACAAAAGAACCCCCAAAACGCCCCCCUCAGCCUAUGAGGAGGACUUCUGGUCCAGAGGAGAGACCCUCUGCCCCACCAAAGCCCACAAACCUUCCUGUAUCUCAAGCCAAACAGAGACCCCAACGACCACCCCCACCCAAACCAAGAACAGUGCACAGGCAGCAGUCAAAGGAAACUAAUGUCUAAAUAUUGGGUAGUAAUGUGGCUCCACGAACUUCCAGUUUGAUCAUGUUGAGAGAAGAAAUGUGCCAUGACAAAGGAUCAUUCCCAAGAUUAAUUAAAAUCUUAAUUUCCAGCAACAAAAGAUCAAAGGAUGCAACAUACACAUGUACAUGUACAUCUUUUUUUUAUUGUAGAAUGGAUUGAAGGAUAUACAUGUACAGGCUAUUUGCCUUUUCUUCAUUCAUUGUAAGGAUUUUUUUUGUAAUUUUACAUUAUAGAUUGUACCCCUUGUUACAGAAGAAAAUGUUGUUGAAAUUUGAAAUGUUUUUUACAUGUAUAAAUUUAUCUGGUGAGAAAAUUAUUGUUACUGUUAUACCUACCCAUGAUAGGAUUGAGGGUUAAAUCUGUUCAAAGCUUUAUAUGUACUGAGACUUACACCUGCUAGUGCUAUUCAAAAAUUGAAAGUUGUUUCUAAAUAGGCUUGAAACUUUUUUUCCAGCAUUUAGAAAGCUUAAAUUUGAUUUAAGAGUUGAGAUUAUAGGGAGUAAUAAAAAUUCAGAAAUAAAAGCCCCCCCCCCCCCCCCCCCAAAAAAAAGUUCAAGGAAUGAACUUCAUAUGCAGUAGUUGUAGAUUUCACAAAUAUGCAACACGAUCUGAAAAUCGGCUCUGUAAGGGCAUGAUCUAAACCAUAUAUGUAAUAGGUAUAGUAUGUAGUAAAAAUCUGAACCAUGUACAUAAUAACUAUAUCAAGUGCUUAAGCACUAUAAACUUUAUGCCACAGAGAAAAUUAUUUGACAUAGGCAAAAAUAAUGUCAAUCAGAGAACUAGAAAUAUUUCCAUAUACUUUAUGCAGUUUUUUGUUGGCAUGUAUUAUUUUUGCCAUUUUCACAAUUGGAAACGAUUUAGUCCUUUAUUAAAGUCGUAGUUCUGUUGAAGAAUUUAUACUGUGUUCUUUGAAUUAUCCCCAUUUUAAAUUCACCCACAUCAGAGAAGGAAAGAGACAAAAUUUCCCUCCAAAUGUCAAUGAACCUUCAUAUUUGCUAAAUAGGUAUUUGGCAUUAAUAAGCAUGAAAAAGAAUUCAAGAAAUCUGGAUGUUGUAUAUUAUCUUAAAUAUAGACAACUUACAGUGACAUUUUCACAUUUUUGGGUGAACUGACUAUAAUGCUGUGCAAUAUACUGACUACUGAGAUUUUUUUCUAAUUGUUUUCUUAGCUUUAUAAACUUGCUUCGUUAUAAUAAAUACAUUUGUAGUACAUCUGAAGUCUUUAAUCAGUAUCUAACACAGAUAAUGAAAAGAAGUAAAUACCAACAUGUCUUACAUUUAGUUCUGUUUAGUUUAUAAUCUAUGCAAGUAAGAAUAUCAUCUCUUCUUUUUUACGAACAUACAAACAAUUUUACACCCACACAAAUAUAUGUAAAACUUUGGUAUCUUGAACAACCAAAUCUCAAAUACCAUAGAUAUGUCAAGGUGACUUGGAAGUCCAAACCACUUAUUCUUUUAGUAUUUUACCCUUGAUAUCUCAAAUGUUUUGAUAUCUUGAGAUUUUCUUUCGUGGUCCUAUUGAAUUUGAGAUAACAAGGUUUGGUUGUAAUUCUGAAUGCAUUCUACAAAAUUUUACUGAUCCUUCCAUAAUACUGAAAUAAUACUGAAUGUAGUUUUACCCUCAAAUAUGUUUAUAAGUAUAUAAUAAUAAGCAUAAUCUUUGUACAUGUAUAAUGUUUUAUCAAUGCAACAUUUCUUGGUCUUGCGGCUGUAAAAAGCAUUUAUAGGUAUUAGUUUAUAACCAUUUUUUUUAUAUGUAGCUUUACUUGCUUUCUAACAUCCUUUCAAAACCUUCCAUAACAAAUUCUGCAGGUAUUAGCAAUGCUAUGUUGUGUUUCUUAUUACUUUAUCUGUAAACUCUUUGAAACCUUCACUGCAAGUCAAAUUAGUAUGUAUGCUAUUUCAUCAAUGAAAUAUUGACAAACAAAGAAACCUUUUUUUUUUAAAUGAUGGUGCUUUAUUGCACUGUAUAUAUAAGGAACAAUUACUGUCAUAGAUUUUUACAUCAUUAACUUACAAGAGACUUAGAGUCAUAAAAGCCAAUUUUUAAAGUUUUUUAAAAUAAAAAUACCGGUAACUAUUGGUGCAUGUUGCAUUUUAAAGCAAAAGAUUUUGAUAACCAACUUUGUACGAAGUAUAUUAAAUGCAAAUCUGUCAUUUUAUAUGUUUACAUGGUGAUUCAGAGAAAUGUUUUAAAUGCAUAAUGGUGUAAAGAGCUGUUUGUUUAGAUGUUUUAUUACCAGGAUUUUAAAUUGCAUGUAAAGAUACAAAAGUACAUAAUAUUUUGCUUUCAAUAAAGCAAAAUUUUUGGAGUUAUACUACAUGUAGUAGAAUUUUUAACAGUCAUGUAUAACAAUUAACUCACUUUAGUGCGUAGAACAGCACUUGAUAAGCAUAUCUAGUCAGACGGUUAUGUUUACAGUCCAUGCUUUAAUGUCCACGUAUAUUGUGUUCUAUAUCAAUGUUUAUAAAUUAGCUGGAGUAAAUAUGUUUUGUGACAUUCCAUUAUUUUAGGUACAUACCUGUGUCAUGCUGCAUUGCAUAGAAUUUUUGUUAUAGACUAUGGGCAUGUUGAUUAGCUUUCCAGUAGAUUAGAGCCUUGUCCAUAACUCUGUCACGAGUAUGUGUUUGUUGUAUACUGAGGGUAGAUCUAAGGAAUUUCAAUAAUUAGACGAGAAAUCAAGUAGGCAUAAGUAAAAAAAAUUAUGUAAGAGUGUAUUAGAGUGUAAUGCUACACACAUUAAUAUGCGGUCUAUUCAUUUCUUUGUCACCAUUGUUUUUGUAAUUCUUGGUUUUAUUGAUAUGAAUAAGUUUUGCUGUAAGGCAUUUUAAUUUUCUUAGUAUAUCUACACUAUAUGUCAUUAAUAUCAAUGAUUUUUUUUGCUUAUUUCUUCUAGCAUAAAUUUUGGAUAAAAUAUUCAGAGCAUUCUCUUGGUUUAGAUGGGAGGAAUUUGCAAUCAUUUUUAUUUGAAUCCUCCUUUUCCUUAAUUUACACAAAUAAUGCAAUUUUCAUUAUUUUGUCAUUCUGAUUUAAAAAGACAAUGAAUGCCAUUUCCACAGUAUUUCAACUUUCCAGAAAAAAAACCUACUGUAUAUAUAAAUAUUUUGAAAGCUUGGACAUGUGGUUCUUUUCAUUAUCAAAUAAAAGUCAUUGACUUAAAAAUCAUAUUUUGAGUGGAUUCAGGUGGUAAUUAGUUAUAUACCCAGGCUCCUGAGUGAGUUUUUUGUUAAAGUUAAAAGCUCAAACACCAAUUUUAAUUCUGUCAGUAUUAAAACAAAAAACCAGUGAUGUAAUGCUCCUGAUUAUUAUAGUACAUUUAUAGAAAAGGUUGUGUAUUAAUGAAGUGAAAUAUUUUUUUCUCAAACAACUUUUACAUUUUGUUUAUAUUCUUUUAUUUAAUAAUUGUUUUUAAAUCACAUAUUCGUAUACAGAUACAAGCAGCAAUAAACUAGAAUACAAUUAUUAA